AUGUCUUCUUCUUCUUCUGAUACUCCCUCAACUUCAUCCGUCUUUCUCCCGGCAUGGCCUGCAAGGCGUACAGACGACAAUAUGUAUCCCAACGGAAGCACGAAAUCCGAUGAACUCAUUCUCCAUGACUAUGGUCUUGAAGAGAUUCCAUUGCGUUACCACGUGGAGCAGCCCAAGGAGGAGUACGAUCCACUUAAUAUCAAAAAGUUGGAUUUGACACAGAACUCAUUUGUCGUUAUUCGCGGACUCCGAACUUUCACAAAUGUCUCAAUGCUUGAUGUCUCAUUCAACUCAUUGUCGUCACUUCCAGAGGAAAUUGGAAGUUUGACUAGUUUGACAACCCUGAUCGCUCGCAAUAAUCUACUCGAACAUCUUCCAAAAGGAAUGCAACUUUUGCAAAAUAUGGAACAUCUCUAUUUGUCUGGAAAUCGGCUUGAAUAUGUUCCACCUGUCAUUUUGACCAUGAGAAAGUUGAAAACUCUUCAUCUCGGUGGAAACUAUAUAGAUUCGUGCCCUUCCAAUAUCAGCGUUUUAGCUUCAUUGACCGUAUUAUACUUCGGAGGAAACCGUCUCCGUGAAAUUCCCGCUUCAAUCGGUUGCCUCGAUCAAUUGGAAAAUCUUGGACUUUGUGAUAACAUACUAGAGACGAUUCCAUCAACUUUGGGAGAUUUGCACUAUUUGGAAACAUUGUCAUUGCAUAACAACAAACUUCGAACUCUUCCAACUGAUAUUCUGAAUCUCCGACGUCUUCAACAGUUGUCACUUCGUAAUAAUCCAUUGGUUCACUCUUUCGUUCAUAACAUGGAUUUGGCGCCACCAUCGCUCAAAGAGUUAUCAGGACGGACUGUGAGACAGAACUACCAUAAUGUUCCAAAUUUGGACGAAGUUUUGCCAACUGACCUCGUCGCAUAUCUCAAUUCUGCCUGCCAAUGCGUCAACCCUGAAUGCAAGGGAGUCUAUUUCGAUGCUCGUGUUGAACAUGUCAAAUUCGUUGAUUUCUGUGGAAAGUAUCGUGUUCCAUUGAUGCAAUUCUUGUGCUCUCCGAGAUGUUCCGCCGGAAUUCCUUCAGUUGAUUACGAGACUUCAUCUGAAUCCGAGGAGGAAAUCGAACCAAUUAUGCGACGUGUUUUGCUCGGUUAA